AUGGCGUCUGAGCUGAAAUAUGAUCUCCCUCGACAGCUAUAUGCUAGUCUAAAUACAGACAUGUCCGAGUUGGUGAAGAGCGAUGGGGAGAGGGAGCUGUCUUGGCGCUUUCUUCACGUCGCAAAGGAGUUCUUGAACGCCCUGAAAGCCCAACUGGACUCCAACCCAGGCCAAUAUGGAUACAGCCCAUCCGAAAGUCCGUCCACAAUCUUGGGCUCGCUCGAAUUCUUGAAGUCGCAUUUCGAAAACGAGUUUGGGCUUCGAGAUGUCCAGACGAAGCUUACCCGACCCUCACCUCCUCGCCAGGAUUCGUGGGACUCGGUUGCAAGCACUGUCCUCGACCUCGAGUCAGAAGUUUCCGACGUAUUUGUCGGACGAGAUGCGCCUAAGGAGGACAACCAGGUUCUGUUCCUAGAACCUAUUAGGAUUUUCUCUCUUGAAUUGCCAGCUAGCACUCCUCCGGCUGCUGAGGUGCCACGGCCACUUGACCUUGACACGAUCCGCAACGCCCGCAAGGAUGCCUCGCUUGGCCUCAAAAGGAGCUACGACGAUCGUUGCGAAGACUGCGGGUACUUUCCAGAGAAGGAAGCGGGCGAUUUGAAGAAAAAGAUGACCAGACACCUCAAGUCCAGAAAGCACAUCGUCAACACGGGACAGGAAGCUGACGAGGUCGAAGUCUUUCCGUGCACCUGCCACAACCCUGACGGCACGGUUUGCAGCAAGAUUUUCGGCAGGAGAGACAAUUUCCGACGGCACUGCUGGGACUUUCACCACCUGGAGAGCCAGGUAAAGAACGGCCGGAGGCGUUGGGAAGGCAUCCCGGAGCUGCCUGGCGAGGAGGUCGAUCCGUACAAGAUGGCCUCGGACCCGAAGAGGAGGCGGACGGCGACGAGCAGGUGA